AUGUGGCACGAAGAACAUCAUGAGAUGCAAUCCCUCAUAAGUUCACUAUUCAACUUAUAUGGUCAGCACCGGGCACUGGGACUCUAUAAUCUUAUAUUUCAAACACAUAUUUUUAUUGACGACGCUUUUGAUGAGACAUUUGAUUUAAAUGGAAACAAAAUAUUUACUAUAAAUUCAUAUGUUAUGAACUUAAUAAAUGUUAGCAAACAAGUGAAUCGUGAGAUGGGAUACAAGAGUAUCAGUUUGACUCAAAUGGACACUCCUUAUGGCAGACAAAUCCAUAUGCAUUUAGACCACAACUACAAACUGGUCGUUCACUUAAAGAACCGUAAUUUUGUUCGUAAAGGCAAACGUUGGAGUCAAGUAAUGUAUAUGAAUUUGGUUAAGACUUAUGUAAAGAUUAAUCAAUUGAAUGAAUCGGAUGUAAUAAUGAUAGCUCUGGAUGGCGACACAUCAUAUCCUCCAAAAUCAAUCUUUAAUAUUAUAGACACCGCUAUCAAUAAUACAGAUAUCGGUGCCAUAUCUGGUAAACUGAUCCCAAUUAGUAAUCAAAGACUAAAUUGGAUAGUAAUGUACCAAAAGUUUGAGUACGGAGUGUCUUAUUGGCUUCAAAAGACAGUUGAAAAUGUUUGGGGCAGUAUAUUGUGUAGUCCCGGUUGCUUUACAUUAUACCGGGCACAGGCUAUUUUUGAUGUCAUGUCCGAGUACUCCACGCAAUCAUACGAUGCAUUUACACAAAUACUAUAUGGACAGGGAGAGGAUCGUUGGUUGACAACAUUGCUAAUGAAGCAAGGUUGGAUAAUCGAGUACUGUCCACAAGCAAUGGCAUACACACACAGUCCCACAACAAUGGAUGAGUAUAUAAAACAAAGACUCCGAUGGAUAGCAUCGACAAUGAUUAACAAUUUGCAUCUAAUACUCAUCAGUAAAGAAGUGACAAAAUAUAGCCGAAGUGUUUCCUGGAUUUUCAUAGUCUACCACUCAUUUGUUUUCUUUGUUUCAAUUAUAACCCCUUCCAGUGUUAUACUUAUGUUAACCGGAGUUUAUAACACAGCCUUUCCAUUCUCUCAAUGGAUUUUAUUUUCCAUUAAUUUAACUAUUUUUUUUAUAGUCAGUGAUAAUGUAUUGACUCUCACUUUUGUUAUCUUUGUCUCUGUUUGUGUUGUCUUUACUUUGGCUGUUCUUUUACAUCCCGGAGACCUACAUAUGUCAGCAACAGUGCUUCCGGCGCUUAUAUAUUACGUGUGCGGACCACUGAUGCAUAUGCUUUUGCCCAUCUAUUCAUUAAUUAAUAUGAAUGUGGUUUCGUGGGGCACAAGAGAGAAAGUCAACGGAUCAGAUGCCAACACAUCUACUAAUGAUACUUUGUCUGACUUACAAAACAUUUGCUCUAAAUAUGUUUUUACUGAGUGUCACAUGACUACUACCGAAGCAGAUCUGUGGGAAAGUCUAGUCAUUGUUGAUAACAGUGUCCUAAAUCCCAAUCAAGAUAAUAGUCAAUCAACUAAAGACAUGAAAAAAUAUCGCCAAAAAUUAAUGACAAAACAACGUAACAAAUAUGCAUCAGUUUUAUUGAUAUUCAAUUUUAUAUUUAUUUUAACACUUGUUUUGGUUGAGUAUUUGGUUGACAAAAUCCACAGAUAUAGAGUUUUGUGGAAUUAUAUCAGUGAUAAACCAACUAUUCUUUCAAAUACAGAUUCAAAAUUAGCCAACAGUUCACUAUCCAAUGGUAAUAUCAAAUUAAAUAAAUUGACAACAAUUAACCAAGAUCAUGAAGAUAAUUAUGAGUUUAUUACAAAAUUUUAA